CUUCCUCCGCAUCCGUCCCUCCGUGCUGCCGCUGGAGUAAGCCAGGAACUCGGAGAAGGUCUAUCUGAUCUAGCAGUCGUGACAGCCCGUUCUCCUAAACUUUUCCAAGUCUAGGUUGUGCCUGAGAGACGAAGAGAGUGUUUUAUCUGUGUUUUCGAUGCAUAGGAGUGUCCUGGGAGCGGCGAAGGGAGAAGAGAGAGUGUGCGUGUGUGUCUCGGGAACACCAAAACAUUUACAGCCUCGACUUCAGCUCCAAUCCUCUCCGUUGUCAGAUGAACAAACUGGGCAGAAAGCUUUGUUGAUAGAUCGGUUGGCUUUAGAUACUGGGAUGAAAAUAGAGGAAGUGAUGCCAAGGACUGACAGAUGGAACCAUAUUAGGCCCUGCCAUUCACUGUGGAUUAUACAGCGCUGGUGGUCCUGACUGUUCAGCAGGAUGAGUGAGGCGGACGGCCAGUUUUACAGCGUUCAGGUGGGAGACUCCACCUUCACUGUACUCAAGCGCUACCAGCAGCUCCGUGCCAUCGGCUCCGGGGCCCAGGGCAUUGUCUGCUCUGCUCUAGAUACAGUCCUUGGUAUACCAGUGGCAGUGAAAAAGCUGUGUCGGCCAUUCCAGAACCAGACCCACGCUAAGCGUGCCUACAGGGAGCUAGUGCUGCUCAAAUGUGUCAAUCACAAAAAUAUCAUCCGUCUAAUCAAUGUCUUCACGCCUCAGAAGUCUUUGGAGGAAUUCCAGGAUCUGUAUCUAGUGAUGGAGUUGAUGGAUGCCAGCCUGUGCCAGGUGAUUCACAUGGACUUGGACCAUGAGCGAAUGUCCUAUCUGCUCUACCAGAUCCUCUGUGGCAUCCGGCACCUGCACUCCGCUGGCAUCAUCCACAGGGACCUGAAGCCCAGUAACAUUGUGGUGAAGUCAGAUUGCACUCUAAAGAUCUUGGAUUUUGGCCUGGCUCGGACUGCCUGCACUAACUUCAUGAUGACCCCUUACGUUGUGACCAGAUACUACCGCGCGCCAGAGGUCAUACUGGGCAUGAAGUAUAAGGAGAAUGUGGACAUCUGGUCAGUGGGGUGCAUCAUGGGAGAGAUGGUUAAGGGCAGCGUUAUCUUCCAGGGCACCGACCACAUCGACCAGUGGAAUAAGGUGAUCGAGGUUCUGGGCACACCCAGUCUGGAGUUUAUGAACCGACUGAUGGAGACCGUGAGGAACUAUGUGAUGAACAAGCCGCAGUAUCCUGGCGUCUGCUUUGACGAGCUUUUUCCAGACUGGGCCUUUCCUUCUGACUCAGAACAUGACAAACUGAAGACAGGUCAAGCACGGGACCUGCUGUCCAAAAUGCUGGUCAUUGAUCCGGAGUGCCGCAUCUCGGUAGAAGAAGCCCUCAAUCACCCGUACAUUCACGUGUGGUACGACCCUGGCGAGGCCGACGCGCCCCCUCCCCAGAUUUCAGAUAAGCAGCUGGAAGAGAGAGAGCACUCCAUCGAGCAAUGGAAAGAACUCAUUUAUGAAGAGGUGAUUGAUUGGGAAGAGAGGAACAAGAAUGGACUGAUGAAAGAAGACUGCUCAGAUGCGGUGUCGGGUUCAGCCUCCCAGUCGUCUUCAGCCAACGACAUCUCAUCCAUGUCCACGGAGCACACCCUGGCGUCGGACACGGACAGCAGCAGCAUCGACACGCUGACGGGACCGCUGGAUGAGAGUCAGUGAACACCGUCCAUGGCCACAUGUGUUUGCCUGUCUGCCUGCCUCAGUCCUCCCCUCACAUUUACAAUAUCCAAAUUUUGAUCAAUCACCGUCCUUUCUUCUCAUUAAUCCACACACACAUUUUCUGAAUUUAUUUUCUCCUGUGUUUUUUAUUUCCUCUUUAACCUCCAUGAAUAGGUCUAUUUUUCUAUUUUCUUUCUGUGUGUGAUCUGGGUGAUCUUGUUGAACCUCUUCAACAUCCGUUUUGGGCUAAGGUCAAAGCUAUCUAAUCCAUCUGUAUGGUCAAAGGUUUGUCUUUCUCUUUGUUGAUAUUGUUUACCUUCAUCAAGUACUUAUGCAUAUUGAUUUUCAGGUUACCAGGGAUAGGUUGGGGAUUGUUAUUUCUUCCGUAUGUCUGUAUUUUUAAUAGUUUUAUUUUUUUAAGCAAAUAUUGCGUUGAGACCAGAGGUUAUCAAAUUAGAGCAGACACACGCUGAACAUAGCCCACAGCUGCCAGCUGCUCUCAUGCAUGUGACGCCAAUACGAACAAAAGCUUGCCAUAAGUCGACCGCACCAACCAUCUGAUGUCCAUCUGGUGAUCAAACAAUAAUCCAAAGUUUGAUGGAUCCUUUAGCUAGUGCGCAGUAUUGCACAUCUCCACAGUGGUGCAUUCUCCAUUGUGUUUUUUUUUUUUUUAAUGAAUUGCUUCGAGUGACAUGGAUUUUAAGCUUUCCUCCUGACAGCUAGGGGAAGCUUGGGUUGCAGUGUUACAUUUCUAUUUCCUGAUACUAUGUACUGUAUGUAAAGAUGACAUAAUGUGACACUAAUAGAUAAGGUGUGCUUAUUUUGAUUAUCUAUAGAACAUCAUAUUGCACCCACAUUUGGACAUAAGGUACUGACUAACAAUGUGUAUAUCAAAAGAACAUAAUCUUGUAAAUUUGCAGGUGGCAAAAAGAUACAUCUAGUUUUCAUUUUUGUGUUUGUUUGUUAAGGCCCUUGUAAAAUAAGCCUCUUGUCGAAGCAUUUCAUUGACAAAUUAGUGAACUGGCUGACCUUUUCUAAACCAUUCCAUUAGUAUGAGAUCUGAUAUCUAGUCGGACACAUGUAAAAGCAGUAAAACACAAAUAAUUGUGUCAGCUUGCAUGAAGGCAUUAAAGACGCUGAUAAGAUACCGUAGUUCUUGUUAUAAUAUUCUUACAGUACCUUGAUGUUCUUGGUUCUGAAAGUUUCAUGCAGAUGUUGUAUUUUUUUCGCCUUGUAAGCCUAUGUGUGUGUGUUUGUUUAAAAAAAUGUACUGUGCAGCGUUUUCCUUCAUUAUCUUCUUUCAGUCAUCCUUUAAAGACAGCAGUCUGGUUGGAAUGGCAAAGUAUAUGGAGGAAGAUGGGGUGUCGACAGAAAGCAGACAUGUUGUGGUUAAAAAUGAGGAUGUGGCUGUGGGAUCCUGAAUGGAAAUCUGGACCUUGGAAUUACAGAUGGACACUUAAAAGAUGAGAGAAAUAGACUGGAGCUGCUUUUUGCAGAACUGAUUCCAUAGUACGAUGGACAUGCAGAAUUAUGACACUAUGGAGUCACUGAGGACUUUAUUGUUGUACACUAUAUUUUCCUUUUUAAAACCCAUGACCACCUUCUUUCAGUCAUGCCUUAAAUGACCCGUGGAGUGGCACAUUUACUCCAACAAAUCUUAUCAAAUAAGGAUGUUCAGAACCUCUUACAAUGUUUCAAACAGAAAAAGCUCUAUUGCAUACACUGUUCAUCUCACAGUUUCGUUCAGUUUAUCUCACCUUUUUUUCCAGAGAUGUCCUGUGUGAAGGCAAUGACCACAAUAUAAUCACCUGGCCAACAUCGUUUCGCCCUAAGCUAAUAAAGUGGACAUCAGUGAU